GCCCCCGGCCGGCCGCAUUUAACGGGGCUGCGGGGCCGGCCCGGCCCGUCCCGGCCAUGGCGCUGCCGCUGCCGCUGCUGCUGCUGGCGCUCGGGCUCGCCGCCGCCGCCAAGUCCCCGUACCAGCAGGUCCUGCAGCACAGCCGGCUCCGCGGCAGGCAGCACGGCCCCAACGUGUGCGCGGUGCAGAAGCUGAUUGGCACCAACAGGAAAUAUUUCACCAACUGCAAGCAGUGGUACCAGAGGAAGAUCUGCGGGAAGUCCACAGUAAUCAGUUACGAGUGCUGUCCUGGAUAUGAAAAAGUUCCUGGAGAAAAAGGCUGCCCAGCUGCUCUGCCACUUUCCAACAUCUAUGAAACCUUGGGAGUGGUUGGGUCUGCCACCACACAGCUCUACUCCGACCGCUCCAACCUAAGGCCAGAAAUUGAAGGACCUGGAAGUUUUACAAUUUUUGCUCCCAGUAAUGAGGCCUGGGCAUCCUUGUCUGCUGAAACUCUGGAUUCCUUAGUGAGUAACGUUAACAUCGAGCUGCUCAAUGCCCUCCGCUACCACAUGGUGGACAAACGGGUCCUCACGGAUGAUCUGAAACACGGGACCACGCUGAACUCCAUGUACCAGAACCUGCCCAUCCAGAUCCACCACUAUCCCAACGGGAUUGUGACUGUGAACUGUGCCAGGCUGUUGAAAGCCGACCACCACGCCACCAAUGGAGUGGUUCAUGUCAUCGACAAAGUCAUUGCCACCACCACCAACACCAUCCAGCAUAUCAUUGAGACUGAGGACAGCCUGGAAACCCUUCGGACUGCUGUGGCUGCAUCUGACCUCAGCAGCUUGCUGGAAAGCGAAGGCCAGUACACGCUCCUGGCUCCGACCAACGAAGCCUUUGAGAAGAUCCCACGAGAAACACUGAACAGGAUCCUGGGAGACCCAGAAGCCCUGAGGGACCUGCUGAACCAUCACAUCCUGAAGUCAGCCAUGUGUGCUGAGGCCAUCAUUGCUGGCCUGACCAUGGAAACUCUGGAAGGAACCACCUUGGAUGUGGGCUGCAGUGGGGAAGAGCUGACCCUCAAUGGGAAGCCCAUCAUUGCCAACAAGGAUGUCCUGGCAACCAACGGCGUUGUUCAUUUUGUUAAUGAGCUGCUGAUCCCAGACUCAGCUAAGACGGUGUUUGAGUUGGCACAAGAAUCUGAGGUUUCCAAGUCUACAGACCUUUUCAGACAAGCUGGUCUCAGUUCUCAUCUAACUGGCAGUGAGCAAGUGACCCUCCUUGCCCCAGUGAAUAAUGUGUUCAAAGAUGGACUCCCCGUUAUUGACAGCAACAUGAGAAACUUGCUCCUGAACCACAUCCUUAAAGACCAGCUCUCCUCUAAAUAUCUGUAUCAUGGACAGAAGCUGCAGACUCUGGGGGACAAGGAACUGAGAGUUUUUGUGUACCGCAAUAACCUUUGCAUUGAAAAUGCCUGCAUUGCUGCCCAUGACAAGAGGGGAAGGUUUGGGACCCUCUUUAGUGUGGACAAAAUGUUGACUCCACCAACUGGCUCAGUGAUGGAUGUUCUCAAGGCUGACCAUCGCUUCAGUACGCUGGUGGCUGCAAUCCAGUCUGCAGGUCUGACAGAGAACCUGAACAGGCCAGGAACCUUCACAGUGUUUGCUCCGACAAACGAAGCUUUCCGAGCCAUGCCCCAGGGGGAGCUCAACAAACUGAUGGGUAAUGCCAAGGAGCUUGCCAACAUCCUCAAGUUCCACGUGGCUGAUGAGAUCCUGGUGAGCGGCGCGGUCAAUGCCCUGGUGAGGCUGAAAUCCAUGCAGGGAGAUAAACUGGAAGUCAGCAUGAAAAACAACAUAAUACAUAUCAACAAGGAGCCUGUUGCUGAAAGUGAUAUCAUGGCCACAAAUGGUGUCAUUUACGCUGUGAAUUCUGUCUUACAGCCACAGGCUUCAAGGCCACAAGAAAGAGGUGAUGAGCCUGCAGAUCCCGCAUUAGAAAUCUUCAAACAGGCGUCUGCACUAUCCAAGGUUUCUCAGAGGAAUCCUCGACUAGCGCCCGUCUACUCCCGGAUACUGGCGAGGAUGAAGGAGAACUCGGGGGGAUCCUGAGCUCAUCGUGAACAGCCACAAGUCAGUGCCUCCAUCCCAUCCACUCCGGCUGGCAGCCGAAGAGAAGGACAGAACCAUUUUUAAAAACCAAAUACCACCCUUAAAUUUAUUUUUGUUUGCAAUGAAAUGGAUAGGAAAAAUGAAAAGCCAUAUAUAUGUAUAUAUUUUAAGACCAUUUUUAUUUGGUUUUGACUUUAAAGUUCCCAGAACAAGGAAAUGUUUUGAGGUUUUUUUUGUUUGUUCCAAUUUUGUUUUGUUUCAUUUUUAAUAAAAUUAUUUACCAACUUUCGAUUUUAUACCCUGUUUGGGGCUUGAUAAGUACAUCCAAGGGCCUUUUAUUUUUUUAAACAAUCACGUCCUUCCUCCUUCCUUUGGAUUUUAGAAGUCUUCAAUGAAAUUCUGAAUUUCAGGCUUUUAACAAAAUUCUCUCUAUUGACAUUGAGAAAAUUGCAUAGUUAUAAUCUACGGUUUGAAGUAUUGCCUGUUUUUUUAACUGAGGUCUUUUUCUUUGUGCCUAUGGGUUUAUAACUGUGCUGCAUUUUGUUAAUGAGAUUUGAAAUGAGAGUUCUCCCUGGCUGAAGCAAUCCAGUAAAUGAUUAAUUUUUAAUAAUGAUUUUUUUAAAAAAAACCCUAAAAAUAAAAUCAAAAAUAUAGAUAUGAAAA